AUGCUACGUAAAAAUAUUGAGUUAAUUUCUCGCAAAGUUUUUAGUUGUAAGAAGUUGUUAGUGAGGAAGUCUGCAUUGUUUAUAAAUGGCCCAAAAGCCAGUGAGACAUUUGUCUUUGUGACUCCUCAUGUUGAUAUACCAGAACUGAUCAAACAAAAGUCAAUAAUACAAGAACAAUUGGAUAAUAGAAAAGUGAAUAUUGAUUUCCAAAAGGUGGAGAAUCUUUGGGCUGUAUAUGAAGAAUUAAAGAAGCAGAAAUCAGAUUAUGAUAAAAAGAAAGCUGCAAUUGCCCAGGAAUUGGGAAAGUUAAUAAAGAGUGAGCCUGACAGUGAUGUUACCAAAAAGUAUAAAAUCCAAAGUGAUUUGGUCAAAGAAAACAUUAAAAAGUUAAAGGUGCCAUUGUGGUCUGCUGAAGAAGCUGUAAUGCUUGAAAUAUUAAAAGUACCAAAUAAUUUACAUGCAAAGACACCACUUAAGGAAUAUCAAGUCAUAUAUAGUCACAGUACCACUCCAAAUAAUGAUAAAGACCAUUUGAUAAUUGGUAGAGAAAAAAACCUAAUAAAUUUUAAGAAGAAUGAAAAUUACUACCUAACAGGGGAUGCAGCAAUCUUUGAACUUGGGGCGAAAUUUUGCAUUAACAAUAUUCUAAGAAAGAAUAAAUUCAUUCAAUUUUCCAAUCCUGAUUUUGUGAAAAGUGUAAUUGUGGAAGGCUGUGGGGAAGAUCACACCGAUCCAGAUGCUACAUUUAUUCUGCACCAUAAUGAGGACACUAAAAUAAAUCCAGACAGCAGGCUGCAUUUGACUGGAGGGGCUUCACUCUGUGCUUUCUUUGCAUACCAUGCUAAAAAUGUUUUGUUUGCAAAAUCCCUGCCAUUGAACUACUUUUCCAUGGGCCGCCAGUACAUACCAUCACCAACUGAAGAAGACAGCUUAUUUCAUGUCAGCCAGGCCUCUGUUGUUCAAAUUUUCAAUGUUACAAAAGAUUCUAAUGAAUGUGAUGCUUCCCUUGACAGAAUUAUUGGGAUUCUCAAAGAUGCUUAUACCAAACUAGGUUAUCAUUACAGAAUAUGCUUUACUCCGGCUCAUAAGCUAGCCAUGUGGGAAUCACUAAGAGUGGUAGUAGAGAUGUACUCCGGCUCUAUGAAGAAAUAUGUGAAUGUUGCAGAGAUUUCUGUCAGUGGGGACUUUAUAAGCAAGAGGCUCAUGUUCACUUAUACUGAAAAUAAAGAGUCAAAGUUCCCUCACAUUAUUUCUGGUACAAUUCUGAAUGUUCCAAAAUUAUUAGCCUGUGUUCUUGAACAAGAUUCAGAAUUUUCAGUUCCUGAACUGUUUAGAAUAGAGAACUGGUCAAUGAAAAGUUAGAAUGUAAAACAAUUUAUUUCUAAACAUAACAAUCCAUACAUUCGGUUUACUAAUUAGUAGCUAGAUUAUAAACCAAUCUGGAAUUCUUCUUUCUUCCAAUUUGGGCUCUGAAGAUCAACUGGGUUCUGCAAACUUACCUCAAUGAUGUCUAAAUGCCCUGUCUUUGUUAAGAGCACUAUUGUGUGUGUCCUACAAAUUAAGAACAACAAAAUAUUUAAUACAUGCUUGGUUAUGUACAAAUUUUAAUCAUACUAAGAGUUCUGUACCUUGUUCCAUAUCUAACCUCAGGUAUUGUGACAAAUAUUGAACUUAAUUGUUGAUACAUUGGAGUUCUAUUUUGUAAUUCUUGGUCAGGUAAAUGCCUGAAAUAAAAAUUUUAAGUUAUU